AGGCGCUUGAUAUAUUACACCGCAAGACGCAUUUUGAAAAGAAGCUUUGAGAUGUAAACAACUUUCUUUUUAUGACUAUGGAGAGACAGAUUGCCAUUCUCAUGGUAUUUAACCUAAUUCAAAACACUGCUGGGUUUCUCCCGACAAAAUGUACGGCGGAUAGAGACGUAAUCACUUGCUUUAAUCAGACCUACAUAACUCCAAAAAGCUUUCCACCCAGCAUGGUAGAACUUCGUCUGGCACAUUCAACAAUAACUAAUAUACAGGGUGGAUUCCUACAUACUUUGACCAGAGUUGCUCCCGGUUUGAAAACAAUCAUCAUUAAUUCAUCAGCUAUCAAAUACAUGCACGCUUGCUCAUUUUCGACUGUUUCUAACCUAAGUCAAAUAUUAGUCCAGGAUUCCAGUGUAAAAGAAAUCGUCCAAAAUGCAUUUUCUGACCUGAAGUCUAUACAAAAAAUUGAAUUCAUCAAUGUUCGUAUCGAAGAAAUUUCAAAGUUGGCCUUUCACGGAGUUCAAGGGAUCGGACUGUUCAAAAUGGACAACCUGACAGUGCAGAAUAUGAGUUACGCCUCUUUUGCCGAGCUGGAAGAUGUCAACGUCCUACAACUAACCAACUCUUAUAUUCAGUUGACGGAGAGUCAGCCUAUCGUCAAUCACAAAUCAGUCUCGUCCUUGGUAAUCACAGGCAAUACAUUCAAGUCCACGCUUUGUGGGUUCAAUAUACUUCAACCAGGUCUGGUUUUUACAAAUAACAAUCUCACAUGCAACACCGAAAUGGCCGCCAAUCUUAGUUCUAUAAGAAACAACAGAUGUCUCUGGAACGUGAAGGAUGUGUGCCCGGAGUUAAAAGACACUAGCAUAGUAAAACACAGUUACGAUUGCCGAGCUAUAACACUAGACGAGGGCAUUCAACCAGUGUCCCAAAAUGAAAUUUUAGACAUAGAGGACUCGGAAGGUCCCAGAAGCUGUGGACUGAGCAGUCUUUGUACCUUAAAUAUAUCGUCCUUGUUGAUUAUGUAUAGCGUACUUAUUUCUUUUUUAGCCUGACAUUACUACCCGUUACUUUUUUCUCAACUCAAUAAUUGUAAAUCCUAAGUCGUUUUAAUUCCACGGUGUUAAAAUUUCAUGAAUUCUCAAAAAGUGCUAAUCGCGAUGAUUUUAAUUUCACGCUGCAAGAAAUUAAUUCAAAUUUCGUAUAAGCAUUUAAAAGUUUUUAAAUACUAAUAAUAGCAUUCACGAUGGGUUAAAUUUCGCUUCAAAAUGAUAAAUCGCGAACAUAGUGAAAUUAAAACUAUCAUGAUUAUUUGCCAAUCUACAGUAUGAGUGAGCGGUAUCAAUCAGUCGACUGCCAUUCUAUGGAUAUGUAUACAGUAAACCACGUUUAAAGCAAUCAUGGAUAUUGCAAAACCAUGCUUACCCUGAACCUAUAUAUGUUAUUUAGUGGAGAUAAAAUUUGAUGCAUCCAUUUCACUCAAGCCUGGUGAUUCGCUAAUAUGUACUAUUCGGGGCUGUCCCCCCCCCCCCCCCCAAAAUGUCAACAUUUUUCGUUCACUGAUAUUAUGAAAUUAAAUUUUUACAUGUACCGUAA